AUGCAUUUAUCAAUGGAUACCCUGGGAAUGGUGGAUGAUAGUUGCCUGGACAGCUAUGACAUGGCCAAAGGUGCGGGUUCGAGCGCCGGCGGCAGGGUCCACAGCAUCGACGUCAUCCUGGGCUUCACUAAAGACCAGGACCCGCUGCUCCACUCGGUGGGAGGCGACGACGGCCAGAAGGCCAACGGCUCCAACUCCCAGGACCCGGAGAAGCAGGUCCAGUCCGACCCCUACGGACACCUUCCAGAGCUGGGAGACGGCGCCCAGCACUCGUCCUACCACGAGUCCGACCUCUUCUCCAACGACAAGUGUGAUGGAGAGAUGAGCAGCCUGCAGAAGGAGGACGACGUGGCCGAAGGCUCUCCGGAGAACAUCAAGGAGGAGGAGCACACCAAGAAGAAGCACAGAAGAAACCGGACCACCUUCACCACCUACCAGCUCCACGAGCUGGAGCGGGCCUUCGAGAAGUCGCACUACCCGGACGUGUACAGCCGCGAGGAGCUGGCCAUGAAGGUCAACCUGCCCGAGGUUCGAGUCCAGGUUUGGUUCCAGAACCGACGGGCCAAAUGGAGACGUCAGGAAAAGAUGGACACCAGCACCAUGAAGCUCCACGACUCCCCCAUGCUGUCCUUCAACCGUCCCCCGAUGGCCCCCAACGUGGGGCCCGUGGCCAACCCGAUGCCCCUGGACCCCUGGCUGACGUCGCCCAUUUCCAGUGCCACGCCCAUGCACGCCAUCCCCGGGUUCAUGGGCUCACCGCAGGGCCUGCAGCCGUCGUACCCGAGCCACGGCUUCCUCAACAGCCCCCCCAGCAUGGUCCAGGGGAUGCAGCCCAUGGGGCCGCCCGCCUACCAGUGUCCGCCCGGGUUCAGCGACAAGUACCCGAUGGAGGACGACCGCAGCUCCAGCAUCGCGGCGCUGCGGAUGAAAGCCAAAGAGCACAUCCAGUCCAUGGACAAGACCUGGCAACACAUGUGAGCCGAGACGCCGGAGCCGC